AUGGCUCCUCACAACGAUGCGCCUUCGCCGGCCGGCAGCUUCACAGCUGGCUUCAACAGGACCUCUUUCCGCCCGAACACCUCGUCGAACCUCAGAACCGGAAGCGAAGCUCCCGCCGAGUCGGAUUCUCCUCUAUCCAGUUCUUACGACAGCACCUCGCUCGGCGUCGAUCUCAAUGAGAACCGGCCGCUCGUCCCCGGGGUGUACGUCCCGACCAUGUGCUUCUUCGAACCUGGUACUGAGAACGUGGAUACCGACACCAUUGCCCGCCAUGCCGUGCGACUGGCCCAGGCCGGUGUUACUGGCCUCGCCACUCAGGGAUCGAACGGGGAGGCGGUCCAUCUCACGCACACUGAACGCCAGGUCGUCACGGCCACAACCCGGCAGGCGUUGAAUGACGCCGGGUUCUCGCAAAUGCCCAUCAUUGUCGGAUGCGGUAGCCAAAGCACACGCGAGACCAUCCAGUACUGCUCAGAAGCUUGGGCUGCUGGCGGGGACUACGCUCUUGUUCUCCCGCCCUCAUACUACGCCGGUCUCUUUGCGCCGUCUUCGGAAACCAUCUUUGAGUACUUCCGCGCAGUUGCGGACUCUUCUCCGAUCCCGCUCAUCAUCUACAACUUUCCAGGGGCUGUCGGUGGGCUUGACCUCAGCUCCGACGUCAUCGUCGAGUUGUCUCGGCAUCCCAACAUCGCCGGCGUCAAACUGACUUGCGGCAAUACGGGAAAGCUGAACCGUGUCGCAGCCGCCACGAGGAAGCUGGCGAAGAAUCCCGAAGCGGAAGCUCCCGAGUUCCUUGUCUUAGCGGGUUCGGCCGAUUUCUCUAUCCAGUCUCUGGUGGCUGGAGGGCAUGGCAUCCUUGCCGGAUUGGCCAAUAUUGCUCCAAAGGCUUGCAUUAGGACGAUCGAGCUCUACCAGGAAGGGAAAUACCAGGAGGCACAAGACAUGCAGGAGACUGUCUCACAGGGCGACUGGACUGCCAUUCAAGGAGGCGUUGUCGGAGUCAAGGCCGGUCUUCAAGGCUGGAUGGGCUACGGAGGUGUCGCGAGAAGCCCGUUACCAAAGCCAACGGCAGAGCAGAUGAAGAGUUGGAAGGAAGGGUUCCGAGAACUCAUACUGCUCGAAAAGUCCCUCUGA